AAAGUCAGAAAUUCUUGAAAGAGAGAUGUCGGACGAGGAAUACCAUUUUGAGUCCAAGGCUGAUGCAGGUGCCUCCAAGACUUUUCCUCAACAAGCUGGUACCAUCCGCAAGAAUGGUUAUAUAGUCAUUAAGGGCAGGCCUUGCAAGGUCGUUGAAGUCUCCACCUCCAAAACUGGCAAGCAUAGACACGCAAAGUGUCACUUUGUUGCAAUUGACAUAUUCAGCGGCAAAAAGCUUGAAGAUAUUGUUCCGUCCUCCCACAAUUGUGAUGUGCCCCAUGUCAAUCGUACUGAUCAUCAGCUCAUCGACAUCUCUGAAGAUGGUUUUGUUUCGCUUCUGACUGAAACCGGUAACACCAAAGAUGACUUGAAGCUUCCAACGGAUGAAAAUCUGCUUGGCCAGAUUAAAAGUGGCUUUGAGGAGGGAAAGGAUCUCGUGGUGAGUGUCAUGUCUGCAAUGGGAGAAGAGCAGAUCUGCGCGCUGAAAGAUAUCGGUCCUAAGAACUAAUUACUGUCCCGUUUAUUAUAGAAACCGGCCCCUAAAACUUUGACUUAGAUGUAAUCUUGAAGCCAUAUUCAAAAGUAUUUAUAUGGAUGAUGAAACGGAUAUAGAACUGUUGAUUCCCUCCUGGGAAAAACUAAGUGUGUAUUCUCUCUUUUCAACAUUGAGCCCGGCUGGUGAGCACUUUUCUCCAGCAGAUAUUCAAUUAUGA